UAAAGUUUCACUUAUUGCCGCGGCAUAUAUGAAGGGAGCUGAUGAGCUCUAUCAAACGGACGCGCGCGUUUAUGAUGACAACACUGAGGUGAACACAGAUCAUAAAAGCUCUGAGAACAACUUAAUAAAAUUCAACUUGCUUUUUUAAAACAACAUCGAGGCUCAACAUGACAGCAGCAGCUAGUAGCAGGGAUAAAAUUAACGCGUCGCUAAAUGAUUUAAUGCGCUGUCUGCCAUCACACGUCUACUCUCUGGAUGAGAUCCCCUCAUCUGUGCCAGCGGGAUUCUCUGAUGUGGAUGUGGGGGUUUGUUCUGACCAGUUCAGUGAGGCGUCGGGAGGUUGCUUGAGCACCGACAGCUUCGGCGUGGAAAAACGGGGCCUUGAUCUGACAGACCCGAGCAGGUUUACGCCACACAGCGCGCCUGUCGCCUACACAGGGAAAAUUUCCAUCGACGCGCAAGGAAGUUGGAAUCAAGAGGGAAUAAUCAACUUUGUCAGUGCAGGAGUGCAAGAUAGGCCACCUUCCUCGGGAUCAUUCUCCACGGGUUCUCCCGCAGGUCCAACUCCAGACUGCUCCAAAAUAGGCCAAACUUUUCCCAACAUGGAGCAUAUAUACACAAACCCGACCCCUUACACCUGUAGUGCUGAAGGUUACCAGGACCCCUCGGUCUACCUUUCCACCACUACGUGCCCCAUUACAUACGCCACUCCGUCCUACUCAGCCCCAAAACCAACUAUAGACGGGGCGCUUUUCUCCAUCAUUCCCGAUUAUGGAGGUUUCUAUCAGACCAGCAACAGCCAAAGGGACAACAUGGCUGCAUUUCAGGACAUUAAGCCAUUUUCGUGCUCCUUGGAGUCUAUUAGAGUCCCACCACCUCUGACUCCCUUGAACACUAUAAGAAAUUUUACUUUGGCGUGUCCGGUAGACGGGUCAAGGCCGCCUAUGGACGGCACCAAUCCGCAAAGCGUCCCACUGAGGCCAAUAUUGCGGCCACGGAAAUACCCGAACCGACCCUGCAAGACGCCGGUCCAUGAGCGGCCGUAUCCCUGUCCGGCUGAGGGAUGCGACCGGAGGUUUUCGCGCUCGGAUGAGCUCACGCGCCACGUUCGCAUCCACACCGGACAUAAGCCGUUUCAGUGCCGCAUCUGUAUGCGCAGCUUCAGCCGGAGCGACCACCUCACGACUCACAUACGCACACACACGGGCGAGAAGCCCUUCUCCUGUGACUUCUGCGGCAGAAAGUUCGCGAGGAGCGACGAGCGAAGGAGGCACACAAAAAUUCACCAGAGACAGAGAGAUAAAAAGGUGUCAGUGCCCCCUCACAGCUCGAGCGCCGAUGGCACAGCGAUGUGAACAACAAGUUUUGACUGCUGGGUUAAUCGUUGCUCCUUUAAAACUUGGAAAUAUCGCUCUGUUUGUGUGCGCACAAAUACACGAAGGCAGCUUCUGAAUCAAGUGUUGAAUGUUUGUUGUAGUAGGAUAGCUGAUUGUCACAGAACAUUUCAUGUGGUUCAAAAUGCAGUUGUUCUGAGAUAUAGUGUUUACAGUGAGUCUUUUUAUUGACAUUAUUACUGUUAUGUGUCUUAAUAAAUUGUAAUAAACACAAA